AUGUACAUCAUCAUGGCGCACAAGCAGCGCACCAAGCAGAAAUUCGACGUGAAUGCACUGUUUAAGUCGGUGAGCGCUGUGAUUCGUCGACUGGUCCAGACCAAACCCAGCGAUUACAUGGGCGCAAGCGAGAUCGACCUGAACCUUGAGUCACAACAUGUUGCGCGAGUUCGUUCAACGGUGCACCGUCCCCGCGCCAGGUCGUGGGUCUACCUGCUGAACAAGCGCGAGAGAAAAGCACUCGAAGUGAUUGUGGACAACUACUACCAGAAGUACAGUCAAGAUGCCGUCUACAAUCCCGAUUUGGUGGCGUUCUUGGGCGACAAUCCAAAGAAGCGGCUGUGUUGGUCGGCAGUGAGCCGAAAAAUCCCCACGCUGCGAAGAAAUGCAGGGAAGAUGUUUGUCCCAUCGCUGCGGCGAUGGAUGGUCCCAAAAGAAAAACUGCUCCUGAUGGGGUUCCCAGUGGUGCCCUCAGUUGCAAUGAGCAUGGGCGUGCCGGUUCUGGCAAUCACCGACAACCGACGAGCAUCCUAUGUGGCCGGGAACUGCAUGCACUUCAGCUGCGUUCUGCUGAUCCAAUUCCUUGCGUUGGUGUGCUUUCAGCCCUGCACACCCAUGCAGGCCAGCAGAAGCAUUGCUGGCUUGGGCAAUUUCUUGCUGGACAGCGACAGCGAGGCGCCUGAAGCCGACGAGAGCGAAUUAAGCUAA